AUGCCAGUAAACAAGUUACAGGACCAGCGCGAGGUCAGUCACAGCCAGUUCCGUGACCAUACCAUCAUUCACCAGGGGAAUAUUCAAGGGAAUAUCUAUUAUGGCACGCCACCCCACUUGCUGGCUCGUGAUGGAGUAGUUCGCGUUAUCCCUUAUCCCCGCAACGAGCAUUUCGUCCAUCGGCCCGAAGUUAUCAACAAGGUAGCUAAGCUUUUGCCGCCGACUUCCGGGCACUGGGCAGCACUCUGGGGUCUAGGAGGAUCAGGUAAAACUCAAAUUGCUCUAGACUACGCCUAUCAACGCGGCGACAAGGACGCAGAAUGUUGCAUAUUCUGGGUCCAUGCCGAGAGCGAAGCAACUUUUCUCGCCGAUUAUAAAACGAUUGGCAAGAAGCUUGGGGUUGAUGACAGACUGGAAGGAACGGUUCUGCUUGAUGUAGUGCGUAGCGAGAUUGAAAGACGACCGAAAUGGGUUCUCAUCCUUGAUAAUGCUGAUGACCUGAGGUUAUUUGGGGUUGGCCAACAAGCAGACAAAGAUGGAAAAGCGAUCCACGAGGCCCUCUUUAGCUAUGUUCCUCGAGCAUCGCAGGGGACUGUGCUCUGGACGAGCCGAGAUGCGCACAUCGGUACUACGAUUGUCGAAUCAUGUCAAGGUAUCGAGGUGCAGUCGAUGGCUAUAGACGAAGCAACGAUGCUGCUUACAAAGACCAGAGGAGACAUAUUGACCCAAGAGGAGGAAGGAGUGUUUAGUCUUCUGGAAGAGUUGCAAUAUCUACCCCUCGCGAUAUCGCAAGCCGGCGCCUAUAUGCAGCGAACAUCAAUUACCGGCCAGCAAUACCUACAUCUUCUUAGACAAGGACAGACUCGAUGGGAGAUACUUAAGAAAACCGAUAAAGACCGAUAUCGACGGCCUGAGGUGCCAAAUAGCGUGCUUGAAACAUGGAAUAUCUCCAUACAAAGAGUUCGAACUGAAAGCGAGAUGUCAUACCAGAUGCUACAUAUAAUUGCGUAUGUAGAUCAUCAGAAUAUACCGCAAAAGCUGCUGUCAGAAACAGUAGCUCGUCGUCUUGUCAAUGAUGCUUCUGGUAUGGACUCUAGAGAUACGAAUGGAGACGUCUUAGAGCUUGAGGUCUUAGAAGCUAUCACGCGGCUAAAAGAGUUUUCUUUUCUGCGCCUUCGAAGGGCAGAAGAUGGUGACCGGAGGUACGAGAUGCACAAGCUAGUGCAGGAGGCAAUACGAUAUACGCUAUGCAUGAGGCAACCUGCAGUGACUAUCAACAGCAAAGCGUCCGAGGAAGAGAGCGAAGUCAACGAUGAUGAGGUAUAUUAUUGUGGUAGAGCGCUACAGGUGGUCGAUGAUCUUUUCCCAGUAUCACAACCAUCUUCCUGGGCAAUGUGUGAACAGUACCUUACACAUGCCAUUCAAGUGAGUGAAUGGGCAGAGAUCGGUAAGAUGAGGAUCGAGACAGGAAAUCUACUGGCCAAAGUAUGA